AUGAGAGGGCGUAAUUUCUCUCCAAAUGAUGGUCAAGUUACUAACGUUACGAGGGUCAGAAACGAAAACGGAUUCGAUACCGCUUCAACUGCUGGAUCAGUUGAUGAAUAUUUACCUCCGUAUGAUGGAUUAUCCUUACCUAAAUACGUAGAAUCUUUAGAGGGGUCAAAUGCAAAUACGGUAGUGGGAGAUGAUGAAGUUAAUGGAAAUACAAUUAUGAUACAUGGUAAUGAGAGUGAUGAAGGUUCAGUAGUGACGGUGGAAAAUAGGUCAGAAGGGGAUGGUAAUACUACAAAUAGUUCUAACAAUAAUCAAAGUGGCGUUACAGAAAUAAUUAACAAUGAACCAACGGCAAUAACAUCAACGGUGGAAAUGACACAGGUUUCAAAUUUUGAAAACACUCCAGGUUCUUUAACAUCAACACAAACUUCAGAACAAGCUAUUAAAUCUGAAGAUUAA